CUCAGAGCUGAGCAAACCUGUCAUUCCUGUCAAAUUGAAGAUAAUAAAAAUCCGAAAUUCAAUCAAUCUCGGUUUACGGCAGUCACAUGCUAACAACUUAAUAUUUACCAGCUUAUAAUGUGAGAAAAUUGUUUCAUGUUUACGUGCAAAUUUAUUUGAUGGGUGAGCGACUGCGACCUGAAGAAAUGGCGACCACGAGCACUGCGGUAGCGACCGUCCCAUCUCAGAUCCAAGAGCCCGCAGAGCCGGUAGCGGUGAUAACACUCCGGCCGCGCAAGUCGCGUAAGAAGGUCGUCUGGACGGACGACACCGUCGACAAUGAACACAUGAAUAAGAAGAAGUCCAAGUGUUGCUGUAUCUACGAGAAGCCGAAGGCGUUCGGCGAAUCAGACUCGGAAGACAGUGAGGAUGAGUGCGAGCACUGCUUCGGACACGUGGAGAAACGGCACAAACAGGCGGGCGGCAGUACGGUCACGACGGACGAGCAGGAUGGGGCGGCCUCAGAGGCGACAGCCACCAUCACGCUGCAGCCCUCCCCCGCAGAGCCCGACCCCUCCCCCGCGCCGCCCGACACCGACAAGGACAAACCCGAGUAAAUCACCACUAAUGUUCUACAUGUAUACCUACUUAUUAUACCUUAUACAUUGUCUAAAGCCCCCUACAGACUAUGUGCGUGAAUCGCGGCGCGAGUUUGCGGAGCGAACAUAUCGCGACGUUGACGUAUGACUCCACACUCGCACUUCACGGCGAUUUCGCAGUUUGUGUCGCGACAAAAUAGCGGACACAAACUGCCGCAUAUCAAUAAAAUACUACUAUCUCCAUUUAUAAAUUUAAUAGUUACUGUAAACAACUUUAAUCAUAUUGUUACGUUCUAACCUCGAAAUAUCGUCAUAAUUAUAUUGUUAUGCAUAUUUUAUUAAAUAAACACCUUUUCUGUUCCCUGUAACUGUAUAGUGCCUUAAAGACCAUUUUCGCUUAUCAACUUCCAAUCGUUAAAAACAAAUACUAACUUUAAAUCUAUAACAAGAAAGUCUACUUUGCAAUGGCACUCCUCGAUAGGUGUUUAAGAAUUUUGUUUAAGGUUACAUUUAAGUUUAUCUGUUACAGCGAGACGUUUACUUAAUAUUCCAUUGUAUUUAAGUUACUUGGUAAUAAAUACAUGUGAAUACAA